AUGAAACUACAUUAAUGUUAAACCAACUAGCCCAACAAUGAUAUCAUCUUUGGUCAUAGAAUUGGCACCAAAAAGAUAGUCGCUGAGAAACAAUAGAAAUUACACUCUAUCCUAAUCAGCCUAGCUCAUUAAACAUAUCUGAUAAUUGCCCAGAAGCAAGGAAGAUAAUUAUUUUCAUGA